ACCGCUGUAUUCGCUCAGUUCCCUUUUCUAGUACAAGCUACCUGUUGCCUCUGAGCAGUUUCUCAGCAUGUCCUCUGCCCUAGAGGGGAGCCAGAGUUUCCCAGACAGCCCCCUGCUCAGGUGUUUCUGGAUUGCCUUCACUUCAAAGAAACCCUUCCCUUGUAACAGAGGUAGUGGGUGGUUUCUUUCUCUCGGCCCACGGCAAUUCAUGCUUACGCAGACUGGGGGAAGCUCCCUCCUUCCUUAGUUUCCCAAGACAGGUUUCCUCGUCAGUGUCAGUGACUUUCCAUGAACUUUCAUGCUCCCCCAUUGCCUUUCCCUGGGUUGUACAAUGCUCGAUGCUUGGAGUUAGUUUCAUGUCAACCACCAGCAUGGGAGGGGCCCCUCCGUUCUCCCCCAGCAGCUGCACGGUGAUGCUGCAUUGCACCCUGGUUCCAGUGGCAAUGUUCUGCACAUAGACACCUGCUUACGUUCAUAAUCCAAACCUGCACACAGAUCUCCUAAUGACCAUCACGUGCUUUCCCAAAAGACCUUACUUGACAUCUCUUUCUACACAAUAACAUGGUAGACAGCCUGUUCAUUCAGUUGCUUAUUCUAUGGGGUUCAGGCCCCCUCACUCGCCUCUUGAGGCAUCUGGAUCCUGAUUCUCACAGCAUCUCCGCUUUUCCCCACGGUGCCUGCAGACUUUUGGCGAUGAGAAGGAAGGAGAGAGCUGAACCUAGAGGGAUUUAUUUAGUUCCUGGUCCUGAGACUCUCAGCAGGAAACAGCCCACUAAUAAAACCAACAAUUGGUGAAGCAAUUCAGUGCAACUUCCCCUUUUCAGCGUGGAUACAAGAAGCUGCCCGAUGCACAGGCAGAGAAGGCGGAGAGGGCAGCAGUGAGCGUCCAGACAAACAGCUCUGUCCUACCACCAGCUAAACAGCCAGAUUCUAGCAUUCAGUACAGGGGCCAGCCUCAGCCAUGGAAGAGACGUACAUCAGACACAUUGAGCUGCUGGGCUUCGAGAAAAGGUUUUUUCCCAGCCAACAUUAUGUUUACAUGUUCCUGGUGAAAUGGCAGGACCUAACCGAAAAACUAGUUUAUCGAAAAUUUACCGAGAUAUAUGAUUUUCAUAAAUCCUUGAAGGAAAUGUUUCCCAUUGAAUCUGGGGACAUCAACAUUGAGAAUAGGAUCAUCCCUCACUUACCAGCACCCAAAUGGUUUGAUGGCCACCGGUCUACACAGAACAGACAAGGCACGCUGACUGAAUACUGCUACACCUUGCUGAAUCUGCCGCACAAGAUUUCCCGAUGCUCCCAUGUUCUGAACUUCUUCAAAGUCAAGCCUGACGACUUGAACCCACCCACAGACAGCCACAUCAAGAAACCAGAGACUUAUUUAGUGCCAAAGGACUCCAAGAAAAAUGUCGCCGACAUUACUGGCCCCAUCAUCCUGCAGACGUACCGAGCUAUUGCCGACUACGAGAAGAACUCCAGCACCGAGAUGGCUCUGAAAACGGGGGACAUGGUGGACGUUGUGGAGAAGAGUGAAAGUGGCUGGUGGUUCUGUCAGUUAAAGAAUAAACGUGGCUGGGUCCCAGCUGCUUACCUGGAGCCUAUGGAAGGUCCUGAUGAAUCUGAAGAGCAGGAUCCUAACUAUGCAGGGGAGCUCUAUGUUGUCAGAAAAGGCUACACAGCUGCUGAGGAUGAUGAGCUGACGCUGAAAGAAGGAGACGCCAUAGAGGUUAUCCAUAAGCUACUUGAUGGCUGGUGGGUUGUCAGGAAGGAAGAAAUCACCGGUUACUACCCCUCCAUGUAUCUGCAGAAAUCUGGGGAAGAGAACAACCCUGUGAAGAAUGAGCUGAGAAACAGAGGCGCCCCUCCUCGGAGGUCGACCAUCCGAAAUGUCAAGAGCAUCCACAACCAAAACCGGAAGCAGAUCAGCCAGGAGACAUACAGACGGAACAGCAUGAAGUAUAGGAAGACAAGGACGCAGAGCAAUCUCCAGAGCAAGUCCAACGUGAUCAGAGAGAGAAAUGAAAUGGUGGAAAACGUGUCCAAGGCCCAACCAGCUGUUCCGCCACGACCCAGUAAGGACCUGAUCCUGAAUCGUUGUACAGAGAGCACGAAGAGCAAGAUCAAAUGAUCCCAUUGGGGAAAAAAUAUAAAGCUGAUGCUUAUUCUCUGCCAGGACUCCGUAGCCAGACUGGACAGUUCUGGUGAAUUUCAGCACCUCUACAAGAGCGGCAGUUCUCAUAGCGUUUCUCAGAGCUACAGGUUAUGGCACUUUCAAUUAAGGUUCCCCAUAUAAUUCAGUCUCUCAACAAAUCUGAAUUGUUCUAAACUUGAUGGGCCAAAUUUAGUCUUCAUUUAUACUUGUGCAAUCCCAGGGAGUACAAUGAGGUUGCACUGGUGCACACAAGGACAGAAUUCGGCAAGAUAUUCUCAGUAACUGAUCACAUUUUUUUUUAAUGUUUACUACGAACUGCUACACAAAAUACAGUUGAUCAAGUAUCAGAGGGAUAGCCUGUGUUAGUCUGUAUCCACAAAAAUAAUGAGAAGUCCGGUGGCACCUUAAAGAGAAACAGAUUUAUUUGGGCAUAAGCUUUCGUGGGUAAAAAACCUCACUUCUUCAGAUGCAUGGAGUGAAAAUUACAGAUACAGGCAUAAAUAUAUAUCGGCACAUGAAGAGAAGGGAGUUACCUUACAAGCGGAGAACCAAUGUUAAAGGCCAAUUUAGCCAGGGGGCAUGUAGUCCUCUCCCAAUAAUUGAUGAGGAGGUUCACUCCAAGCAUCUGAAGAAGUGAGGAUUUUUACUCACGAAAGCUUAUGCCUAAAUAAAUCUGUUAGACUUUAGUCCUCGUUACAGUUGAUCAAGGCACUGAUCAUAUGAGCUGUUGAGUGAACUCCUCUCUCAAUGACUUUUUUUCAUGGUAGAUGAAGGUGUUCAGCAUUCCAUUGAGCAAUAAGAGAGAUUCUUAACUGAUUCUUUCCCCACCAUUUGUACUUGGAACCUAGAUGAUAUGGUUUGCACUUAUUAGCUUGCUUUGUAAUAUAGCCAUUUUUGGUGACUCCAUUAUUGUAGGAGACCCCCAUGUAAAGUUAAUACAUAAAUCUCUUUUAAUCCUGUUCAGUGUUUUACUAGCUAAAUAUGUCUGUGGUUUGAAAAGGCAUUUUGUGUGUGUAAUACAUUCGUGUUGGCCAAAUGACUGAUUAAUAAACAAGUCAGAGAAAAGAGCUGCUGAAUUGCAGUCGGUCUCCUGCAGCCAAGAGAUGCUGCAUGUUCAGCAGAAGUUGUGUGACAUAUUGCAAGAGUUGCUGAAGAAAGGGAUUUCCUGACGGACCCUUCCCAACAUGCAGUGGCAAUUGCACAGUGGGUUUACCACAGGCCUCUUGCAAAAGAUGUUGAUAACAAAGAGGAAAUUCAAUCUGGCAAUCUACAGUAGCAAUCUAUGGUUGUAACUGAUAACUUUUGGUAAGUGUCCAAGGGCUGCUAUGGUCUAACAAAAUUUGGCUCCCUCCUGCCUUCUAGUGGGAAAACAGAAAAACCUGUAGAGACUCUUAUUUAUUGUUUCUAUCGUGUUUAAAAACAGAGAGUCAGCCCCAUGAAAAUCACCGGAUUGUCUUAAAAAUCAUGAGAUUUUUAAACCACAAUGUUGCGAUUCCUUUGAUUUGCCUUCUGAUGUUUGAGGCUUUAGGCUUUGAGUUUUCAAGCUUUUCUUUGCAGCCACGAAGGCUAGAAACUAACUUUGCAUAAGAACCUCAGCUUUCAUUAAAAAAUACCAAACACCAAAUAUCAUGAGACUUGUGAUAAAUUGGUGAGAGAGUUGGCAGAACUGCAUGGUAGCACCUACAGAGCUCAGUUACAGACAGGGUAAGCUAAUGUGAUAGAUGCUGCUUUAUGCAUAUAACAAAAAGACAGUGCCUGCCCAGCUGAGCUUGCAGUGUUAGUAUGUAGGUCCUUUCUUCCCCAUGCUAUGUGCGUCUGAGAGAGAGGGCCAGGGAGAUCUUUCCAAGGAUUUUCAGUCUCUAUUCAGUGUGUUGUUUUUCUUCCCUAUUAAAACAUUUUUGAGGUUU